AUGGUUUGGAACGUCCGCGGCCUCACGGACGAAUCUAAACUGCUGCUAAAGGAGCACUGUCGCUCAUUCUCUCCGUUAAUUUUGGGUAUUGUUGAGCCUAAAGCUGCGUUUCACAAAACGUUUAACAGAUACUGGAAGUCGCUAAAUCUCAUUCCUUGUUUUCAAAACUCGAGAUUGAAUAUGUGCUCUAACAUUUGGAUUUUUUCACAGCCUGACGUUUGCAAUAACGUGAUUUAUGCUUCGGAUCAGGUUGUUAUCUUGGAUUGUGUGUGGAGAAGUCAUUUUUUCAAGGUUGCUGUGGUGCAUGGAGCGUCUACUUAUGUGGCUAGGCGAAAGUUGUGGAUGGAUAUUCUCUCCUUUGCUACUGCUAAGUACGUGAUUUUAGGUAACUUCAACGCGGUGAAAGGCGCGCAUGAGAGGAGCAGCAACUGCCGCCCCAAUGCGGCUUCUUGUGAGGAGUUCUGCGCCUUUAUUGAUUCGCUUGGGUGUAUUGAGUCGCCCACGGUUGGUUUGAAGUACACGUGGUCGGGCCGCAGAUUUAUGCCGUCGCAUGUGGAGUCGACCCUUGACAGAGCUUUCUUCUCGAACAGUUUUGCGGAGGAUUGGCAUACUAUUUUUACUCAGGUGUUGCCCAGAGCCACCUCCGACCAUUCUCCGAUUCUCCUUAUGUGUCAGUCGGUCCCGCUGCCGAGUUGUCGUUUUUUCAGGUUUCUGGAUAUGUGGACCUUACACCCGGAUUUCUUGGAGAUGGUGAAGCAGUCUUGGUCGAAAAAUUUGGACUGUUCUUGCCCUAUCUUUACGGUCAUGGCUAAGUUGAAAAGAUUGAAAAAAGAGUUACGGAUUUGGAACAAAAGUACUUUCGGGAAUGUUGAUAAGCUCAUUAUGGAAAAGCAGCAAGAGCUGCAGGAGGUCCAAGAUCGUAUUGCUACCGAGGGCUACACCGAUGACCUGUUUGACAAGGAGGUAAUAGCUCAAGCCAGCAUCAACAUGACGCUCUCUUGCAAAAAUUUGCUGCUGAAACAGAAGAGCAGAGUGAAGUGGUUACAGGAUGGAGAUCGUAAUACGGAGUUCUUUCACAACAUGCUUAAGUAUAAACGGAAGCCUCAUUUUAUUUCACAAUUGAGGAUUGACGGAACGACGUGUGUUGAUCAGGUCGCCAUCAGCAGACAUAUCGUGGAGUAUUUCUCCACUUUGUUCACGGAAAACAGGCAGGCGCAGGCUUCUAUUGUGGAUGUGGAGGCGGUCUUGGAUCAUAGCAUCACGGAUCAGGACAAUGAGCUGCUGUCUCGAAUUCCGGAUGAAGAGGAAAUUACUGCUGCGGUGUUUCAAAUGGAUUCUCACAGCUCCCCCGGCCCUGAUGGUUUCUCUGGUAAAUUUUUUCAUUCCUGUUGGGAUAUUAUUAAGGUGGACGUUUGGCAGGCGGUUAUCACUUUCUUCACUCGUUCUUAUCUUCCGAGUGGCUGCAACUCUAAUACGCUUAUUCUUAUCCCGAAGAAAGAGAGGGUGGAUACCGUGGCGGACCUGAGACCUAUUGUUCUCUCAAAUUUUCUCUUCAAAAUCAUUUCGAAGGUCUUAGCGGUUAGACUUAAUUCGGUUGCGGAGCACUCGGUUUCGCGUAAUCAAUUUGGUUUUAUUAGCGGGCGAACGAUACAUGAUUGUAUUAUGCUUGGUUCUGAGGGAAUUAACUGCUUAAACCGAUCCGGCGGAGGGCAGAAUAUGGCGUGUAAAGUGGACAUUACCAAGGCCUUUGAUACGCUGCGCUGGGAUUUCUUAAUCAAUGUGUUGAAAGUUUGCGGCUACAGCCAAAGAUUCAUUGGUUGGAUUGAGACCAUCCUUCAGUCGGCGCGUCUUUCCAUUUUGUACAACGGGGAGCUUUGUGGCUAUUUUGGUUGCUCUAGAGGGGUUAGGCAAGGCGAUCCGCUUUCGCCGAUUCUCUUUGGCAUUGCCGAGGAUGCCCUAAGUGCGCUCUUUUCUAACUGUCAGAGAUCGGGACAUUUAGCCCCGAUGCAGUUAUCCCGGGGAGCUCCUUUCCCGACGCACUUGUUUUAUGCUGAUGACAUUUUGAUUUUUUGCAAGGCUACUAAGCAGAAUGCCAAGACUCUGCACAAAAUCUUGGAGUAUUAUGGUCACAUGUCGGGACAGGUGUUCAGUCCUUCGAAAUCUCACAUUUUCUUCUCGGAUAAAGUCACGUCGAGCACUAAGAGGAAAGUGUCGAGACAUCUGCCUCUUGCUACAGGGUCGUUGCCUUUCGUGUAUUUGGGAGUUCCGAUCUUUAGAGGCAAGCCUAAAACUUCCCAUUUGCGAGCUAUUCAUGAUAGAAUUAUUAACAAGUUUGGCCACUGGAAGGGUAUUCAGUUGUCUAUGGCGGGUAGACUGUGCUUAAUCAAUUCGGUGAUCAGCAGCUCCCUUACUCAUUCUAUGUUGGUUUACCGAUGGCCUCAGGAUUUAUUAAAGAGCCUGGACUCAAGUUGCAGGAAUUUCCUUUGGAGUGGGGAUAUCCGUAAAACGCCGGGGUGCUCUGUCAGCUGGGAUCGUGUUUGCUCUCAUAAGUCGGAAGGCGGUUUGGGUGUUCGAUCUUUUAAGACGAUGAACAAGUGUUUUUUAAUGAAAAUGGCCUGGAAGGUGAUUGAGGGGAACAGUUUUGGUUACGACAUUGUGAAGCAACGUUAUUUGACUCCGCACUGCUCGUUAAGAAAUAUUGCGGCGUCUUCUGUUUGGCUCGGGCUUCGUGAUCAAAUCGGGGAGCUCGUCGAUGACUCCUAUAGCUACAUUGGUAGUGGUAGGGAGACUCUCUUUUGGAUGGAUGAUUGGCUUGGGUAUCUUCUUGUGGACAAAUGUGGGGUGCCGUUUUUUGUUAGAGAUACUCUUCGGCAUACCGUGGCAGAUUACUUCUUUGAUGGGUGUUGGCACUUUACUCAGGAAUUUGUCAACGCUUUUCCACAAAUUGUUUGUGAUAUCCUGCUUGUUCCGAUUGGGGACUCUGAUACGAGAUUCUGGAAGCCGUCUCUGCAGGGGAAGGUCACGUCAGCUCUUGCUUUUGCUCAUCACGGGCAGAAGUUUCCGCAGGUCUCCUGGGGCUCGUGGAUUUGGGAACCGUUCAUUCCUGUUCGGCGUUCUUUGGUUUGUUGGCGCCUCCUUCAUGAUAGGAUGCCUACUUAUGAUCGUCUUAUUAGAUAUGGACUUGUUACUCCGAAUUGGUGUCCGAUUUGCAGGAGUAAUGAGGAAACGGUGGAUCACACUUUUUGGAAUUGCGUGCAGGCUCUUCAAGAAUUAGACAUCAAAAGUUUUCUUGUGAUUGCGUGGAAUAGAAAUUGUAGUUCUCAGACAGGUUCUUCACAUGGUAAAAGUGGCCUUUGUCGAGAUGGAGCAGAACUUCAAAAAUUUGGGGCAUAUGAAGAACGAAUGGUGAACACUGACGGCUCAGCUUUGGGGGCGCUGGGAGCUAUUGGUGUUGGCGGGGUUUUCAGAGAUAAUUGGGGGUGGGUCAGAGGAUGUUUCCAUUAUAAGCACGGCACUGGUUACGCUUUUGAGGCUGGAUUAAUGGCGGUUAUCACUGCCAUUAGGAUUGCUCAUGUUAGAGGUUGGGUUCGUCUCUGGAUGGAAGCGGACUCGACUUACGUUGUAAGCCUUCUGCAGGAAAGAUCCAAAAGGGUUCCUUGGCGCUUCGUUGCUCUUUGGGAAAAUACUUUGCUUAUGUUGAAUAACUUCCAACUACAUGUCACGCAUAUUUUUCGUGAAGGAAAUAAAGCUGCGGAUAUCAUGGCGAAUCCUGUUCGCGAUGAAGGAUGGUGGCCUCAUGAAAUUGAAGAGAUAAAAAAUGCGACACGCUUGGACAUGUGUUCUCAUUCUCAUGUGCGGGUUGCGUGA